AUGUCUGCCGUUGAACCAUCCAGCCACGGCCGUGGAGGCGCCGGCAAUAUCGCCCCAGAUACCACGGAAUACGCCGACGGCGGUAUCGUUCGCACCGCAGCCCCAUCGGGAACCUAUACCACCGGCCGCGGAGGCGGUGGUAAUAUCGGACACAGCGAAAACGCCACCGAAGGUCACGAUGUCAUCCCUGAGAACGCUCAACGUGAACAACCUCAUCCAACCCAGGGACACGGAAUCUCCACCGGUCGAGGUGGCGGCGGUAAUAUCGUUACUGCAGAUGGAGAGGAAGAGCAUAAAGGUCUCACAGAAAGAAUCAAGGAGAAAAUCUUCCCAAGCCACAAGUAA